GCACACAUUUUACCUGAAGGAGCAGGUGAAGCCAGUGUGGAGCUGUGAGAGAGCACUAAGACAAAUCCGCCACCACCAUCAUCAUGUUUUCAUCCUUGCAGGGGGAGGGAGGGCUGACUACGAGGCAAAGUGGGGGGAGAGGCAGACACACACGAGGCCUAGUCGCCACAUCUUUUCAUGCGGAGAAGCGGAGCCGCUAAACCAGCCGUAUUUGGUUUCCCAAAACGACUCCGGCCCGGGCCUCAGUCCGCGGUCUAGAGUUUGAUACCAGGCUGAUAGGGACGGAAGCACGUCGACUCGUAGCUGUCAGCCAGCCCCUGGUCCCCAGCCACCAUCAUGGGAGACAGCAGAGAUUCUCACAGCCCAGACAGCUCGUCUGUGUCCUCCCCACCAUCGGGCCAGCACUCCCCUCCGCUGGUUCCCUCAGCUGCAGCUUCCAUGACCUCCCUGCCUCCUAUCACCACUGCCGGGGUCAAUAGCCCCAUCAGUAGCAUCGGGUCCCCCUUUUCUGUUAUCAGCUCUUCGUUGGGCUCGCCCUGCCUACCUGGCACACCGUCAGUGGGUUAUGGCCCAAUUAGCAGUCCCCAGAUCAACUCAACAGUGUCGAUGUCGGGGCUCCACGCAGUGAGCAGCUCCGAUGAUGUGAAACCGCCACUGGGCUUGAAACAGCUGUCGUCCCACAGUCCCGGGCCGAUGCUUUCCCAGAAACGUCUUUGUUCCAUCUGUGGGGAUAGAUCCUCUGGUAAGCAUUACGGCGUCUACAGCUGCGAGGGCUGCAAGGGUUUCUUCAAACGAACAGUGCGGAAAGACCUGACCUACACCUGUCGGGACAAUAAAGACUGUAUUGUGGAUAAGAGACAGAGGAACCGCUGCCAGUACUGCCGCUAUCAGAAGUGCCUGGCCAUGGGCAUGAAGAGAGAAGCUGUCCAAGAGGAGCGGCAGAGGAACAAGGACCGAGAUGGUGAGGUGGAGUCAACCAGUGCCGUCAAUGAGGAGAUGCCAGUGGAGAAGAUUUUGGAAGCAGAGAUGGCCGUAGAGCAGAAGACAGAGCUGCAUGCAGAUGGAAGUUCAGGCGGCAGCUCUCCCAAUGAUCCUGUCACCAACAUCUGCCAGGCAGCAGACAAGCAGCUCUUCACCCUGGUGGAGUGGGCCAAGAGGAUCCCUCAUUUCUCUGAGCUGCCCCUGGAUGACCAGGUCAUCUUGCUCCGUGCGGGGUGGAAUGAGCUCCUGAUUGCAUCUUUCUCCCAUCGCUCCAUCUCGGUGAAGGACGGGAUUUUACUGGCCACAGGUCUGCAUGUCCACAGGAACAGUGCCCACAGUGCAGGUGUUGGAGCCAUCUUUGACAGGGUUUUGACAGAGCUUGUUAGCAAAAUGAGAGACAUGCAAAUGGACAAGACAGAGCUGGGCUGCCUUCGAGCAAUCAUUCUCUUCAACCCAGAUGCUAAAGGUUUAUCCAACCCCAGUGAGGUGGAGCUCCUCAGAGAGGUGUAUGCAUCUCUGGAGGCUUACUGCAAGAAGUAUCCCGAUCAGCAGGGCAGGUUUGCAAAGCUCCUCCUCCGGCUCCCAGCACUGCGCUCCAUUGGUCUAAAGUGCCUGGAGCACUUGUUCUUCUUUAAACUGAUUGGUGAUACGCCCAUUGACACCUUCCUGAUGGAGAUGCUAGAGGCGCCUCACCAGCUCACCUAGAGGAGGAGCCGGCUUUGUUCCGGUUGGGAUCCAGUGCACACCAGGAUCACCAACACGAACCGCCGUGUUGGCUCAUUGGCUCUUCUUGUUGGGCCUCACUUAACUGCAGCACCUGCUGGUUUUAAUGUACACACAAAAACACACAUUCACCCUGGCUACUUGUCUUCACACACGCAUGCACAUAACUGAAAUUGCAACCAUGGAUGGACAUAUAACUUAUACACAGACGAUACAGCUUUGAAAGAUAAGUUUCCUGAUACUGACACACACACAUUUUCACCUUUUUUCCAUAUCCAGUUUUCCUCCUUAUGACUCAAGGAAUACGCACCCUUUUUAUCUUACAUCUACAGUAAAUGUCUUAAUUUUAAUUUUUCCAUUUUCACAUCUUCAUCUCGCAGUGGGUUUUUUCUUGUGUAACUGGUGUACCUCCCCUGCUUUUACUUGGGUUACUUACAGUUGCACCUCUGUAUAUUAUAUCCUUUACUAACUGGUUGGUUAUUCGUGUAUAAUUUUAGCUUGAAAUCAGGUGCACAGCAUUUCAAUCAACUGUCCAUCAUACAAAAAAAUUAAUUUCUUAUUGUCAGGAGGUGCCCUCUAAUGGACAUGCAAAAACACCCUCCCAAUGAGCUCAUCCAAUCUUGUAAAAAUGGAAAUGUUUUAUGCUUUUUGAAUAUUCAUGCUGAAACUUGUUUAACCCCUUAACUGGCAAGGGCCCGGUGACGGGCCGUUUGUAGUCCCUUUUAUAUGGCAGGCUAGACCCUCC